GUAUUUUAAGUGCAGACGGUGUACCAGAAGAACAGAUCUAUUUUUGUCUGUUUUCGAUUGUUCGAAAUGCGAACGUCAUGACGGACGAACAAUGCAAUUUUUGUUGUUGUUGUUGUUGUUGUCAAACGCAACAUUUGCGGCAAAACACAACAACGCGAUAGAACGGCGGUGUUUUUGUUACAACGAAGUGAUGGUCAUCCGUUCUCUCUCGUGGUAUAUUUGCGCGCCCGCGACAGUAGAACGCGUUCUAUAGGUUACACAGCAGCGUUUAUUGUUGCACGGUUUGGCUUUUUUUUUUUUUUUUUUUUUUUUUUUUUUUUUAUUUAUUUCUCAACAUUUGUAUUCGACGCAACAAUCGAAACGCAGCAUGCUGUCGCGCAAAAACAAGGAUCUGCGAACGAUCAAAGAGGGAGUGGUUGGAAAAUAUGUGAAAAAGGAAACACCGCCCGAAAUGCCAAUUAUCAACGUAUGGACAACAGAGCCAAAUAAAAAAACAAGACGACGUAACAAUCAUUCACCAAUAUCAACUUCAUCGUCUGCUCAGCAACCCAGCAUGGUGCAAAAGUUUGGAAAUACAAAAACAAUACCCAGUGCUGUUGGUCUUGGUAGUCACGAAGGAAAAUACACACCAAACAGUUCUGUUCCUGACUUGGUUCAAAGAUUUGCCAAUAUUUCCUUUAAUUCGGGAAGUAACGACGGUAUGUCUUCGAGAACUUCAACGCCUAUGUAUCACCACUCUGAUCUGUCACCCGCAAUAUCUCACACUUAUAUCAAUCAGUACACUGGAUCCGAGCAUCAUUUGGACAGAGUGCAAACACCACAGAUGUCUUAUGUGCCGUUUGACGGCGACGGUUACGAGGACUAUAAUCAUUCCGCAUAUCAAAAUGCUAGUUAUAGUAGGUGCCAUUCUGAAAGAUCGAGUUCUCGAAGCGAACAGCAGCAAGAGGAGUUGCCUUUGCCACCGGGAUGGUCCGUAGAUUUUACAUUACGCGGUCGAAAGUAUUAUAUCGAUCACAACACCAAGACCACGCACUGGUCACAUCCGUUGGAGAAAGAGGGUUUGCCCACGGGGUGGGAAAGAAUUGAAUCGCCCGAAUACGGCGUUUAUUACGUCAAUCACAUCACUCGGCAAGCGCAGUACGAACAUCCGUGUUAUCCGCACGAGAUGCAAGCGGUGCGCGUUGUAUCGCCACCGCGCCAUACUCAUUUUCACUCCCACAGUGUUCUGGUACCGGCCAAUCCUUAUCUCAACGAGGAAAUACCGCACUGGUUGUACGUGUACAGCAGAGCUUCAAUAGCUCUCGAUCGCAAACUUCGCUGGGAGCUAUUUCGUUUGCCCGAGCUGGAUUGUUUCAACGCCAUGCUCACGAGGCUGUACAAACAAGAACUCGAAGAGGUAGUGAUGCGUUACGAAGAGUACAGAUCCGCAUUGAAUUGCGAAAUGGAACAGAGAGGGAAGGAAUUGAAUCCAGAAUCUGGCAAUCCCAACGCUGGCGCCAUCGCCUUACGAAGAUCUCUUCCCUGAGCGAGAUCUAAUUUUGUUUAUUACCGACCCAAGUGUUUCUUGAAAAUUGAACGCAAUUGUUCCUUGCGGAUAGAUAAAUAAAUCUUUUUGACUUGUUUUUAUGCUAAGUGACCAUAUCUUUGAUAGGGAUAAAAAAAAAAAAAUGAUAUGUAAGAUAUUACAAGUUUGACGAAAUUUAUAUUUUUGAAUAAUAACGCUUUGUUAUACGCGCUACAUAUAUAUACAUAUAUAUAUUUACAUAUUUA